UAUCUAUAUAGAAUUUAUACUGUAUGAUUGCAGUGUGUCCAAAAAUGGCAGCGUUGAAGGAUGUUGUUCCUGUAUAUAAAAAUUUGAAAGAAGAAUGGGCGGCGACUCCGUGUAAUUUGAAGAAAUGUGGUGAAUUACUUAAUCAAUUAAAGGUUGGUCUUACACAUUUAAUGUUUCUUCCAACAUCUAAUAACACAGCUAGUCAAAAUGAAUUACUUAUAGCUCGUGAUAUUUUAGAAAUUGGUGCACAAUGGAGUAUAGUAACCGAAGAUAUACCUUCUUUUGAACGUUAUAUGGCACAAUUAAAGUGUUACUAUUUUGAUUACAAAUCAGGAUUAAUGGAGUCUGCAUAUAAAUACCAUCUUCUUGGUUUAAAUCUCUUAUUCUUACUGUCUCAGAAUCGCGUGGCCGAAUUUCACACAGAAUUAGAACUGUUGCCUUCCGAUCAAAUACAAUCUAAUGUUUAUAUCAGACAUCCUUUGAGCUUAGAACAAUAUUUAAUGGAAGGUUCAUAUAACAAGAUAUUCUUAGCGAAAGGCAAUGUACCUGCAGCAUCUUACAAUUUUUUCAUAGAUAUUUUAUUAAACACUGUUCGAGAUGAAAUAGGAGCAUGUAUGGAAAGUGCAUAUGACAAGAUCUCUAUACAAGAUGCCUCGAGGAUGUUGAACUUGAAUUCUGAGGCAGAUAUGAAAGCAUUCGCGGCAAAAAAGAACUGGAAUUUAGCGAAAGAUGAUUACUUUUACUUUAGUACAACUAGUGAAAAGAAAACUGAAGAACCAAUUCCUAGUGCAGAUUUGGCUACAUUAGCAAUUGACUAUGCAAGAGAACUUGAAAUGAUUGUUUAAAUAUAUGAAUUUUUCUGUAUUUUAUAAAUAAAUAAAGUUUGUCAUAUAAUUAUUACAAA